GUUAUUUAUGAAUCAUCAUAGUAAUUAGAAAUCAUCGUAAAAGUUGUUUUUUCAUCAAAAUUGUUGGAAUUUUUGAUAGUUUUUGCUUCCAAAACCCCUUGAAAAAUGUGGUCCAGUGGUCCAAAUUAUACGAAGCUCAAGACAAAUUUGAGAUUAGCGCAAAAUCGGCUAAAAUUACUCGAGAAGAAAAAGACCGAAUUGGCUCAGAAAUCACGCAAAGAAAUCGCUGACUACAUCGCCGCCGGAAAAGUCGAACGUGCGCGAAUCCGUGUCGAGCACAUUAUUCGCGAGGAUUUCUUGGUCGAAGCGAUGGAAAUUGUCGAAAUGUUCUGCGACUUGCUUCUGGCCCGUUUCGGGCUCAUUACGCAAAUGAAGGAGCUUGACGACGGCAUUUCCGAAGCUGUGGCGUCGCUUAUUUGGGUAACGCCGCGAUUGCAGGCCGAUGUGCAGGAGCUGAAAGUGGUUUCGGAUGUUUUUGCGAUAAAGUAUGGGAAACCUCUCGUGCAGGCAGUUAUCGAUGGGCAGGGAGACUUGAAGCCAAGCGAUAAAUUGGUGCACAAAUUGGCGAUUCAGGCGCCGCCCAAAUUGCUCGUCGAGAAAUAUUUGAUUGAAAUUGCGAAAGUUUAUAAUAUUGAGUAUGAGCCGGAUCCGCAAGUGAUGUCGCAACGGGAUGGCGUGUUGAUUGACUUGAGCGGCGGUCCGGGAGGUGCAGUUCCGCCGGCGCCAGGGUUUAUGGGAUAUCCGCAACCUCCUGUUUUUCCGUCGAUGCCUGUUAUGCCAACGCCGCCAUCUUCUGUGCCCUUUAAUUAUCCGCCUCCUGGAGGAAAUUCGGGCGGCGGCGGCGGAUUUGGAGCAUCAUCAUUACCAACAGCUCCUGCUCCAGAAGUAAGUGCACGUCAAUACCCUCGUUUGUACGGUGAAAAGCCAAAACCAGCUGAUCAAGGGACUUCCAGCGAAAUGGAUGACGCUGUCGCAAAAUUUUUAUCUGAAGAAAAAAGUGACGUUGGACCUCCUCCUUCGUACGAUUCCCUUCCAUCUGAUAGUGUGCCGGCAAUGUUCAAACCAACUCCAUCUCCACGAUCUGCUCCAAAUCUCAUGCAGGACCUGCCAUCCAUUCCCACGGAUCUACCAGAUGUGCCUCAAGACCCGGCAGAACCCACACAAUCCGAUGACAUUGACUUUGACGAUCUUUCGCGACGAUUUGAGGCACUCAAAAAGAAGAAAUAAGACGAAUUUUGGAAUUAUUGAAUGGAAAAAAAUGAUUGUUAACCCAUUUAUUUUUAUAUUUACGAGUAUUUUAUUCAUUGUCACAUUAAGUUUCUGAACUUUCAAAAGUUUUUCAGAAAAAUGCAGCAUUUUUCAUGGUUUACUGUUAAAAAAUCAUCAAAAAAGAACAAAUAAAC